ACUCUUUACUUGCUGAUGCCACAUUUGUCUUCCAAACAAAUUUUCAUUUUCAAUGCAAAUUUCUCUUUCUUUUCCUUCAAGUAUAUCGAGAUUCUUCUCCGAGAUUUAAUUCCGCAAUUUAAUACCAAAAAUUCUCUAUUCUCCUCAAAAAAUUCAUCAUACAGUUUCACCACUUUCAAGCCUUCAAAGGUACUAGGUUUCAAUUUUCAAAGUUCAAAGGCCAUAAUUUUAUUAUAUAUUAAAGAAAAGGUACAAUGGUAGCAAAAAUCCGGAAAAGUGUUACUGAUUAUCCAAAUUCAACAAAACCAGUGGUUGGAGAGAUUGAUACUAGGUCACCAAUUCAGUCUGUUAAAGAUGCUGUUUCUCUAUUUGGUGAAGGUGCUUUCUCUGCUGAGAAUACUUCCAUUAAGAAGACAAAAUCUUAUUCUGUUGAGAGUGUUUGGGCGAAGGAGACACAACUUCACUUAGCACAAAAAGAGCUGAAAAAAUUAAAGGAGCAAUUGAAAAAUGCCGAAACUACCAAGGAUCAAGUCUUAGUGGAGCUUGGAAAGUGUAAAACAACCGUUCUCGAUCUGACACAAAGGCUUAAAGUUCUCUGUGAAUCUAGAGAAUCAGCAAUUCAGGCAACACAAGCUUCGAAGAGUCUAGUGAAACAGCUUCAAGAAGAAAAAUGCGGCAAUCUUAAUUUCACCAAUGGUACUUCGAAAGAACAGUUAGAAACUACAGUUCAGAGGUAUAAAUCUAUCAUUACAGAACUUGAUGUUGCAAAACAAGAACUGAGAAAAAUUCGUCAGGAAUGUAAGGAAUGUUUGGAAGCAAGAAUUUCUGCUUUCAAGCAAACAGCAGAAGCUAAAGAUGCAAUGGAUGCAAACACCGAACGAGCUUCUGAGAUUUCCAAAGAAAUUUUAGCAGUACAAGAAUCAAUUCAGCAAAUGAAGAUUGCGUCUGUCGAAGCCAAUCAACGGAAAAAAGAGAUAUUAGUUGAGAAAAAUGUUCUGAGCCAAUCAUAUAAAGCCACCUUUGAAGAAUCAGAAAAGAAGUUGCAUGCUUUAAAGAAGAAUUUUAGUCAGGAACUCGUAAAAAAUCUUGAAGUGCAGCUGACUGAGACAAUGAAUGAAAUAUCGACUCUCAAGGAAAUGGAAAUUAAAAAGAUAUCAGACUUUGAAUUAGUGAAAAGCGUCAUUUUGGUUCUUGAUGGUGCUAAGGAAUCACUGCAGAAAGUAUCGUUAGAGGAAAACUCUCUUAGAAGCUUGGUGGAUGCUCUUAGGAUGGAUUUGGAGAAUGUACAAAGGGAGCACUCAGAAUUGAAGGAGAAAGAACGCGAAACUAAAUCCAUCUUUGCAAAUCUGCAAGCUGAGCUUGAGAAAACUGAGUCAGAGCUUGAAGUCUACAUGAUAGAAGAAUCUAAAGUUAGAGGUGCAUCUGAGGAUAUGAUCUCAACGUUGAAACAAAUAACCACCGAAUCUGAAAAUGCUCGGCGAGAAGCUGAAGAUAUGAAUAUCAUGGCAAUAAAAUUGAAUAUGGAAGCUGAAGUCACCAAACUAGCACUAGAAGGUACGGAAACAAAGCUUAAAGUAGCAUUAGAAGAAGCAGAAGCGGCAAAAGCAGCAGAGGCUAGUAUACUUCAUCAGAUUAGAGUCUUAUCCGAAAGUACUAGUGCUGCUCGCACCUCAACAUCUGAAUCUGGUGCUAGAAUUACAAUCUCGAAGGAGGAAUUUGAUUCCUUAAGCCGCAAGGUUGAGGAAUCCGAUAAACUAGCGAGCAUCAAAGUAGCUGCUUCCACAGCACAGGUUGAAGCUGUGAAGGCAAGUGAAAAGGAAGCUCUCAAAAAGUUAGAGGAAACUCAGAAGGAGAUUGAGGAUAUCAAGAAAGCAACAGAAGAGAACUUGAAAAAGGCCAAGACGGCCGAAGCAGCAAAGAAGGCAGUGGAGAGUGAGCUUAGAAGGUGGCGUGAGAGAGAGCAGAAGAAAGCAGCAGAAACCGCGUCUCGAAUAUUGGCCGAAACACAAAUGUCGCCAUCAUCAUCAUUGUCAUCACAUUUAUCUCCUAAGCACUACAGGUUUCAAAAGCAGAAUUCAGCUCCAAAAACCAUUGAGGUGAGGAAGUUUAAAAAAGAGAAAGUUUCAGCUUCGAAGAAAACUCUCUUGCCUAGUAUUAGUGCCAUCUUUCAUAAGAAAAAGAGGCUGCAUGUUGAGAAAGGAUAUCCUUCUUACCUUCCAGGUGAAAAUCCUUUGUGAAAUUUUGUUUUAGUUUUUGUGCAGCUCUUGCAUGUGAGAGAUUAAACAUAUUGGUUUAUGUGAAAGUUGAGGCCUAUGUGAUCAGAUUUUUGUCAUAAUCAUAGUUUGAGAGAAAAGUAUUUUCAAAUAUCAAUAGUUUGGUCACAAAUUCAGGAUUUAUGUUGCAGUAGAUUAUUGUAUAUUGCUACUUUGUUGCUGAUAUUGAGGUUUCGUGUCUUAUAGUUUGAUAAGCUUUUUGCAACAAGUUAUGAUGAUAAUAUAAUAAGCAUUUGGAAAA